GUCGGAAGUGAAGCAGGAGGAGUCACUUGGCAGCAUCAGGCACACGUACACGUAGUCCUCGUCCUCUAGAGGCGACACCGCGGCGCCCACAGGUGAGGAGAAGGGUGUGGUACGUGAUGCCCUUCUUAGGAUCCUGCUGAAGGGAGUGUGAGUGGUAAUGAAGGCUAAAUAUCGGGCGAUGAUUGAUGGUUGAACUCACUCACUCCUUGCCACUGUUGACAUUCGUGAAUGAAUGUAAAGCGAGACGAGUGGGAAAGUGAGAAACGAGUAAUUUAUGGAAAGAAACAAGGCAACUAGAGUGUUUGCCCAUUAGAAUGACGUUAUGAAGGCAGGCGUCCGACUUACAGUGAGGACAGACUCCGACAGACAGUGGCCGGUGAACCACCAGGCUGGAUAGACAGAUCCACCAUGAGUGACGGAGGGCAGCGACAGCGACCAAUUCGAGGAAGUGAUACAAAACCAAGCAGUGAUAAAAGACGUGGAUUGGGUCGUGGUGCUAUACUUCAAAUCCAUAACCUACCCAGACCUGGUGCACCCCGCCACUACAAGCCUGUGAGUGUGGAGGGAGAGGUGGGAGGCGCUGUACCAGCCAUUCCGGGGGACUGUGCUGUGCAUCACUCCUGGCGGUACCUCUCCAAUGCACCUGUGGCCUACCAGAUGCAGCAGAUGCUGAAUGCUGAGGAGGGUUGGUCAGGUGCAUUGUCAUCAUUUACACAACACACCACCACCACCACUUCUGCUACCCAUGCUUCUGAUGCUACUGUUGCGGACCUUCCUGAAAAGGCACCACAUGACAUAGUACAUGGAGAUGGUGCUUGUUCAACCAAGGACAAUGAUGGUGGAAAUGGUCUGUGGGAGCCAUGGUGCCCAGACACACGCUUCCACUCGCCACCUAAUGUUGCCUCGACUGUUGAGUUUCCUCGGCUUGAGCAUGGCAGUCCUGCCUUCAGAAAAAAUAUAUUGGUUGUAGGCAGUUGUGUAUUUGUCACCAGUGUUCCUGCUCAUCAAGAACAUGAGUGCUUACCUUGGACCCUUCCCUCACAGCAGACACACCUCGUCAUUGCCACUGUGCAGUGCAGCAGGCUGAACUGUUUAGAUUCUCUGCAUCAGUUGGAUCAAGCUCUUUAUUGUAGACAACUACAACAGUGGCAUCCCAUUGGCCCAUGAAAUUAUGGUCUGAUCAACAGCUUCCUAAGUUCCUGUGCACUCAUUGAACCAGCAUCCUGCCCACCCAGAAAAGCGGUUCACCCUGGAAAUUGUGGUCUGGAUUUAACAGCUUCCUGCUGCCAUUACAGAUGUAUUUUGUAGCUCAUACUGAAUAGGACAAC